GGGAGCUGGUGUCCGGGACACGGGCUCCUCGGGCGGCGCUCGGCAUGAAGCUGGCGCGGCUGCUGCUCGGAGCCGCUUCGGGGGCCCCCGGCUUAGGGUGGCGCCCCUUGGGCCCCAGCGUCUGCCGCGGCCUUGCCUCGGACUCGAGCUCCAGGCCGGCGUCGGAACGCGGCGUUCCGGGCCAAGUGGACUUCUACGCGCGCUUCUCGCCGUCGCCGCUCUCCAUGAAGCAGUUCCUAGACUUCGGAUCAGUAAAUGCGUGUGAAAAGACCUCAUUUAUGUUUCUGCGGCAAGAGUUACCUGUUCGAUUGGCAAAUAUAAUGAAAGAAAUAAGUCUUCUUCCAGAUAAUCUUCUCAGAACCCCAUCCGUUCAAUUGGUACAAAGCUGGGAAAAGUUCUUAACCAAUCAGAACUUAAAACUGUUGAAAAGGACAGGUUUGUUUAGCUUUACAGAUACUGUGAUACGGAUCAGAAACCGACACAAUGAUGUCAUUCCCACAAUGGCACAGGGUGUGACUGAAUACAAGGAAAGCUUUGGAGUAGAUCCUGUUACCAGCCAGAAUGUUCAAUACUUUUUGGAUCGAUUUUACAUGAGUCGCAUUUCAAUUAGAAUGUUGCUCAAUCAACACUCUUUAUUAUUUGGUGGAAAAGGAAGUCCUUCUCAUAGAAAACAUAUUGGAAGCAUAAAUCCAAACUGCAAUGUGGUUGAAGUUAUUAAAGAUGGCUAUGAAAAUGCUAGGCGUCUUUGUGAUUUAUAUUAUAUAAACUCUCCUGAACUAGAACUUGAAGAACUAAAUGCAAAAUCACCAGGACAGCCAAUACAAGUGGUUUAUGUACCAUCCCACCUCUAUCACAUGGUGUUUGAACUUUUCAAGAAUGCAAUGAGAGCAACUAUGGAACACCAUGCUGACAAAGGUGUUUAUCCUCCUAUUCAAGUUCAUGUCACACUGGGUAAUGAGGAUUUGACUGUGAAGGCUGGCUUUGGUUAUGGACUGCCCAUAUCACGUCUUUAUGCCCAGUACUUCCAAGGAGACCUAAAGCUAUAUUCCUUAGAGGGCUAUGGUACAGAUGCAGUUAUCUACAUUAAGGCCCUGUCAACAGAAUCAAUUGAGAGACUCCCUGUGUACAACAGAGCAGCCUGGAAGCAUUACAACACUAACCAUGAGGCUGAUGACUGGUGUGUUCCCAGCAGGGAGCCUAAAGAUAUGACCACGUUCCGCAGCGCCUAGGUGCACACCCAGGACCCUGGAAAACCUAAUCAUGGGUUUCCUUAAAUUUGGAUCUACAUUGUUUUAAAAACUUUAUGUGUCAGUUUCACAGUUAAGUCUUUGGGUAGAAUAAAUGGAAACUUAGGUUCCAUUUGCACCUGCUCAACUGAAAGGAUUAUAUCUAUUUUAUACUGAUUUUGUCAAUUAAUUGAACAUAUUUUUAAACAACUGUUGUUUUAGCCAACUUUUCUCUUUAUGAUUGAACUGUGGAUAGAGUCUUUGGGUUUCUAUAGGAGACUAUGGGUUUCUGUUUUUUGUUUUUGUUUCUUUGUAAUAGUUUUCAGUGUAUUUGCUAGAAACAUUUUCUAAAUAGCGAUUACCUGGUUUAGAAAUCUUGGAAGAGUUCUGUCAUCUUUUAUUAAGCAUUCAAUAAGGUUGUCUUCAUGUAUACCAGCAAAGUGGAACACAGUUGAUGGUAUAAGCCAGCUGCCUUUCAACAUUCACAAACAUUGUUUAUCUCUGAAGUUAGUUGAUUAUAUUCUAAUCUUAUUGUAAUAUGUUGUAAUGGUUUAGUUUCCUAUAAGUCUAAGCCAAGAUCAUGGGCAGUUUAUUCUGAGUGUGCUUGUGAUUAUUGAAAGGGAAAUUUUUAUACUAAAAGCAAAUAAACUAACAGCUACUGAAAGUAUGUAUAACAAAUUGGGGGCAAAACUGAGCUAAUUAAUUCUUGAGAUCAGUUGAGGGAGUAGUCUUUUUUU